GCGUUAACACAUGAUGGCGGCCGCGCUGAGAGGGAGCGUCCUAUCUCUCGCCAAGGGUCUGACGGGGGUCCGGUUGCAGCCUUUGUGUGCCCGUUCUCUGAGUUUGACCUCCAGUCAGAAUGUUCCAGAGAGUCCACCGGCCCGUGCCGACAGCACUUUUAAGGUCACCAUGGUCCCAGGAGAUGGAGUUGGACCGGAGCUGAUGACUGCAGUCAAAGAGGUUUUCAAGGCUGCUGAUGUCCCUGUGGAGUUUGAGGAGUUUCAUCUGAGCGAGGUGCAGAACAUGGCUAGUGAGGAGAAACUGAACGAGGUGCUUUCCUCAAUGAAGAACAACAGAGUGGCCAUCAAGGGGAAGAUUCACACUCCUAUGGAAUAUAAGGGAGAACUGGCAUCUUAUGAGAUGAGACUAAGGAGAAAGCUGGAUCUGUUUGCCAAUGUGGUUCAUGUGAAGAGCCUUCCUGGAUACAGCACCCGCCACAAUAACCUGGAUCUGGUGAUCAUACGGGAGCAGACUGAGGGAGAAUACAGCUCUCUGGAGCAUGAGAGCGUUGCAGGAGUGGUGGAGUGCCUGAAGAUCAUCACUAGGGAGAAAUCCCGCCGCAUUGCUAAAUUUGCAUUCGACUACGCCACCAAGAAAGGCCGCAGUAAAGUGACCGCCGUCCACAAAGCAAACAUUAUGAAACUCGGGGAUGGUCUCUUCCUGCAGAGCUGUGCGGAGGUGGCUGAACUCUACCCCAAAAUUAAAUACGAGAAUGUCAUCAUUGAUAACUGCUGCAUGCAGCUGGUGCAGAAUCCAUAUCAGUUCGAUGUGCUGGUGAUGCCCAAUCUUUACGGCAACAUCAUUGAUAACCUGGCAGCGGGGCUGGUUGGCGGAGCAGGUGUAGUUCCAGGCGAGAGUUACAGCGCGGAAUAUGCAGUGUUUGAAACGGGUGCCAGACAUCCUUUUGCUCAGGCUGUCGGCAGGAACAUCGCAAACCCCACCGCUAUGCUCCUCAGUGCAUCAAACAUGCUGAAACACCUCAACCUCGAGUAUCAUUCAAACAUGGUGUCUGAGGCAGUCAAGAAAGUCAUCAAACAGGGCAAGGUUCGCACCUCAGAUCUGGGAGGAUAUGCAUCAAACGACGAGUUCACCAGGGCUGUCAUCACCAAUCUGGCUGUCUAAAUCAAUUCCAGCAUUCCACUGAUAUCCUCAUCCUAAGCACAAUCAACAGACUGUCCAGUAUAUCAAACAUUUCUCAUUUUCCCAGCUCAAGCCUUUCUGCUGGCCUAACCAGUGGACUAUCACAUGGUCUACAACAAAGCACAAGUGUUGUAAGAUUCAUAUGUCGUCUCUGGCCAGAAGCAGUAAUUAAAGAAUGCCUGUUUAAUUGCUUUAUAAUGCUGCUUAGUAAAAGAUGUAUUUAUUCAGCUAUUUAUGACUUAAUCACUUGUUUAGUCACUAACAUUAAUAAAAUGUAAUGUGUGGAC